UGAGUCACCCGCUCUACGAGGAGGGACUCCCGGGUGGCGGGGGACCAUACGUCACUUCCCUGCGCCGGAAGGCCCUAUUUUCACAUUCUUGUCCUUCACCCCUACCCUUUUCCCGGUACCAUAAAAUCCAGGGGUAUGAGCCGGAAAAGGCAUCGCCUGGUCCCGGAGACCUUUGGACUGAAGAGGCGGCGGGAGCAAGGGCCUGUAGAAUCGGAUUCCCUGCGGGGCGAGUCAGUGUCUGUGCGUGCGGCUGUCUCGGAGCUAGUGCAGCUGUUCCCGCGAGGCCUCUUCGAAGAUGCGCUGCCGCCCAUCGUGCUGAGGAGCCAGGUGUACAGCCUGGUGCCUGACCGGACGGUGGCCGACCGACAGUUGAAGGAGCUUCAAGAGCAGGGGGAGAUCAGAAUCAUCCAGCUGGGCUUCGACUUGGAUGCCCAUGGAAUUAUCUUCACUGAGGACUAUAGGACCAGAGUCCUCAGGGCCUGUGAUGGCCGACCAUAUGCUGGGGCAGUGCAGAAGUUUCUGGCUUUGGUGCUUCCAGCCUGUGGAGACCUUAGUUUCCAGGAGGACCAAAUGACCCAGACCUUUGGCUUCAGGGACCCAGAGAUCACGCAUCUGGUGAAUGCUGGAGUAUUCAAUGUCCGCGAUGCUGGGAGCUGGUGGCUAGCUGUGCCUGGAGCUGGGAAAUUCAUCAAGUACUUUGUUAAAGGGCGCCAGACUGUCCUCGGCAUGGUCCGAAAGGCCAAGUACAAGGAGCUACUCCUGUCUGAGCUCUUGGGCCGGCAGGCACCUGCCACAGUGCGUCUUGGCCUCACCUACCAUGUGCAUGACCUCAUUGGGGCCCAGCUGGUGGACUGCAUCUCCACCACGUCUGGAACCCUCCUCCGCCUGCCAGAGACGUGAGGAUUCUACUCUUCUUUGUACAGCUCCCCAGAGUGGACCAACGGGUCCUGGAGUGCUUCCUUAUGGUGGCUGAGACAGGGUCACCUUGGGAAGUCUUGGGAGCCAGGAUAAGUGUUAGGCUCUCCAAGCAAAGGAUCAGAUAUAAUUAUUGCUGUUUACCUGGGCUGAGUCAGUGGUGGGGUUUGGGCAAUGCUUCUCUGCCCUUCCAUGGAAGUGGAGCCAGAAACUGUGCCAAGGCUGUGGCUGCUGCCUUUCAUGUAAAAGGUGCUGUUCUCUGUGUUGAGAUAGGAUGGUGGGAUUUCUGGGGAGGCUGGUGAAGGAAGGCAGGGUUCUCUUCACUACAUGUCAGAUUGAAAUUGCCAAAUAAACUACUUAUGUCUUUGA